UGCUACCGCAGCCAGGGACUGAGGGGAGGAUGAGUGCGGCUGACGGCUCGAUCACUCUCCCUGCUCUUCUGGCUCAGUCAUGUCAAACAACAGCGCCCCUAACAGCAGUUUAGUCCUGGCCCAGAAGGCAGUGAAGCAGCUUCGUCUGGAGGCCAGUGUCAACAGGAUAAAGGUUUCUCAGGCCGCUGCAGAACUGAAGAACUUCUGUUUGCAAAAUGCCCACAAAGACCCUCUCCUGACUGGGGUGCCCUCCAGUGAUAACCCUUUCAGGCCUCCCAAGUCAUGUGUCCUCCUCUGAGGACUGUGAAGAAGUGAAAAAAACACUCUAACAGAUGCCUGAUCAUUCUGAUGUGGAUUUCCGUCAUGUGCCCCACUGCCUCUGAAGAUAAAGAAGACAAGACCAUGCACACACUCACUCGCACAAACACACACAGAAACAUUUUGUAAUGCAUUGUACCAAAUCUGUUAAGAUUUAUGUGUCUGUACAUUUAUAAAGCAAUUUACUUUUCAUGGUACACUAUGAUAACAUGUGCUUUAGUUCAUACAAGUCAACCAUGCUCUCUAAAACAAUGUGCAAUUUUAUGAUUCACCUUUAAAAGUUACCAUGUUUGCCAUCUGUGACUUGAAGGUGUAUUUGACAUGAAUGUUGUAUCUUAGUUUUGAACAAAUACCAACUGUUUUACCAAACCAAACUUCACUGAUGUAAACAACAGAGAAACAGGGUUAAAUGACACUUAUGUCUCUGACUUUCUGAUAUAAGUAGCACAUAAAUCAUCUCUUAAAUCUGACAAGAUGAAGAACUCUACCAAUCAAAUGCUGUACACUGGGAAGUAGAAUAAACUGAAACAGACUGAGA